UAACACUUGCUAUAGUGACGAUUUCUGACGCUUGAUAUUUGAACAUUCAUUCAGUCCUACUCACGUUGCCUAGGGGACGUCAACAACAUUUUGAUCAUUUCCGGUCUCGUAGUCGGGUCCUACAGGCACACUCUUGUCGUCAAAUUUGGACAUUUUCGGUGUUUGGAAUGAUUCAAAUUUGAGAUAAGGUUACAAACGUAUCAUUUUUUAACCUACACGGAAAUGCAUUUACAGAGAAGAGCAGGUAAUUUCAAACAGGCGAUAUCUGACGGCGAGCAGCAGCAACACAAUGGUUACUUAUUUGACCUCCCUUCGUUCUUUAUCCUAACUUUCCAAAGAUAUGAAGGAGAAUCCAAAGAAGGCCGGUUUGAUGGGAAAGGUCUGGCCAAGUUUAAAGGACGCCAUUUUUAUAAGGGAAUCUUCUCCAUGGGACUAAUGCAUGGAACUGGUGUCUUCACAUGGGCUGACAGAGUGCAAUAUGAGGGAGAGUUUGUGAACAACAUGCCCAUGGGCCAAGGCAUGUACAGCUGGCCAGACGGCAGCUCCUAUAAAGGUGACGUGUGCAACAGUGUCAGGCAUGGGGAUGGAACCCACAAAAUUGGCAAAAGCAAAGUGGCAUACCAAGGUCAAUGGAAUCACAGCAAGAGGCAUGGAAAGGGCACUGUGUAUUAUAACCAGGAGGAGACCUCUUGGUACAAAGGAGAUUGGAUUAUGAACAUAAGAGAGGGAUGGGGCAUACGAAGCUACCCGUCUGGUAACAUUUAUUUUGGUGAGUGGAGGAAUAACUUAAGAAACGGAGAAGGCACCAUGAGGUGGCUGAACGUGGGACAGCUUUACAUUGGGAACUGGCGAGAUGGAGUCCAGCAUGGCCAAGGCACUCACGUGUGGCUGGUGAAGCGAACAGAUGGAUCGGAAUUUCGUCCAAGUAAUCAGUACACGGGGAAUUUUUUCCUGGGUCAGAGACAUGGACAUGGAAUCUUUUAUUACUCUAGUGGUGACACCUAUGAGGGAGGAUGGAUGAGCAAUAAAAAACACGGGAAGGGAAAAGUAACCCUCAAGGAUGGCCACACGUUUGAAGUACAGUUCAUCAAUGACAAAAUGGAGACUACCAACAUGACAGAAAACGGAACAUCUAUUCGACAUGGUGUGGGUGAGUCCACUCUUGGACCAGACAUGACUGUCAACAUUGAUUGUAUUUUGGAGAAAUUUCCUCUGGGAAAACGAGAUACCGAGCUCAAACAGGUGAGGUUCGUGCUGCUAAGGCACAAGACAGAGUUUAGGGCUAUCUAUCGUUUCUACAGCAGACUGGGACAACGCCAGACUCCAGGUGGUGCCUUUCUGCUGUCCCGCAUGCAGAUGUGGCGCCUGCUCAAAGACUGUUACAUCCACCAUCAUGGCAUCACCUUGGCAGAGCUGGAUCUUUUUAUAAGAGACAACCCGGACCCAGCUGAGGUUCACUCCCCCUUUACUCCCAUCAUGCUCUGCCGCUUCCUCAGCUGCCUGGUAGUCAUUGCUUACCACAUCUACCAGAAGGACAUUGAUCCUGUUCCCCCUCUAGAAAACGAAGGGGUCCACAUGGAGUUUGAUCAUUCAGAGCCAUCAAGUUACCUUCUGGCUUCUUGCUUCUCCAAACUGCUGAUCGAUGACAUAUUUCCAAAUGCUAUGAAUGUAAAAGGCUUCCUGUUUAACCCACCGGGGCAUGCAGUUGUAGCGGUUGACUAUGUGAGGAAAAGUUUGGAGGUCUAUCAGGCUUACUGUAGGCUCAAUGCACCCCCCAGGGAUGACUGCACUAUGACAAACCGGCAAAUGCUGUGGCUGUACAAGGAUCUCAAACUUUUUGACUGUAAUUUGACCGUAAACAACAUCAUAGAAAUAAUCUGUGAAGAAAUCUGGGACCCUGGUAACGUGCCAGCAUGCAUGGAAAUAGAGGUUGUAUUCCUAGAAUUCUUUGAGGUUCUCCUCGGCUGUGCUGAGAUUAAAUGUCAGGAGAUGUCAGAUUGUUCCUCCAAUUUAAGACCAUGUCUCUCCUCCCCAGCAGUUUCUCUUAAAUGGCAACAAUUGCUGACCAAGGGCCUCGCACUGGAAGCUUGGAUUCAGAAGAUCCAUCACUUCUUCAACCAGUUUUUCUUUCCUGCUGUUGACCUUCUCCAGUUAGCAUGAUCAGCAACAACCAGUUGAAGAAUUACACGACUGGUGAAUGAGUUAAUUGUACAAGGUCUAUUUCAGCCUACUCUCAUAAUUAAACAGAAGAAAGAAACAACUCAUUCUGCCAGUUUAUGUAAACUGACGAGCUCAAAGUAUUUAACAAUGUAGAAGCCUUCCUCUAAUUGCAGAUAUAUUGUAUGUGUUAAAGUUGAAAUGUAUAGGGCUAUCACAACUAAUGUGGAUCAGUGGCCUAGUGGUUAGAGUGUCCGCCCUGAGAUCGGUGGGUUGUGAGUUCAAACCCCGGCCGAAUCACACCAAAGACUAUAAAAAUGGGACCCAUUAUUUCCCGGCUGGGCACUCAGCAUCAAGGGUUGGAAUUGGGGGUUAAAUCACCACAAUGAUUCCCGAGCGUGGCCACCGCUGCUGCCCACUGCUCCCCUCACCUCCCAGGGGGUGAUCAAGGGUGAUGGGUCGAUAAUUUCGCCACACCUUGUGUGUGUGUGACAAUCAUUGGCACUUUAACUUAACCCAUUGUUUUUAUAUAGUUAGAAAUAUUAACCAUUAACCCAUUUGCUACACAGAAAGACUCCAAAUCCCUGAAACAUCUCUGGCAACAAUUUUUAAAGCAGUUUGUCCAAGAACCGGUAGUGUUAGCGUCACUCAUGCGCACAUGGGCUGUUGAUCCGCUAGUGACACGCUGCAGAAGCAAACAAGUCAAUAUGAAAAA